CUGGAGAGUGUGCACGUGUGUGCGGAUCUCGCGAAUUUAAUUAACGCCUCAAGAGACUCUUCCGCGUCGCGACGCCCAGAUCAACGGGUGAACACACGUGUGGUGGCGGGGUUAGUGCGUGGGAGUGAAGACAGCGGAGUGAGUGCAAAGGGUGGUGAAAUAUAUAUAAACAACACGAUUCUAACCUAAAAUCAUACAUUAAAGGUUAGAAUCACAUGACGAAUAGCGGGCCCCAUACUGUCUUUGGGGCAUCGCACAUCAGAUAGAACAUUACACCAGCUCGAUUACCCCCCGCAACGCCGGUUUCCGGCGUUUAGCCGCUAGUGCCCUUUUGGCUUAACCAUCGUGUCCGACUGGGCCAAAAAGGCUUCUACGUAAUCAUCUACCGGCCCCAAGCACACACCAAAUUCCAGCUCGAUAUCUUGGAAAAUAACGCCGUACUGGCCGUAUCAAGUGCGGCCAGGUAUCAGGAGAACAGGAGCUGAAAGGAGGUAGUUUGGGAUAUCAAAUCUUUUAAACCCGAUAUCUCCUGAACCAGUCCACCUAGCGGCGAACGGUCUUCACUCCCGUACGUAGAAAGCAAGGACCUUGUCGACGGUCAUCCGGCGCAGGCGGCGCAUGCGCGAUGGCCAACCCCGGGAAGAAGAGGAAUGACCCCGCCACAGUAAGAGGAGGAGAGAGCCACACACGUGGUGCCAAAGCACCACGUCUAGCCACCCGCAGCAACCCUACGAAUCAUAGGAGCGCAGACCGCCAGCGGGUGGCAGCAAGACUGCCAGCGGCCUCCAGCCGCCGGAACCAGCAGGGCAUGCCCAAGAAACUUAUACAAAAUUACAGGAGCCAGUAAUACGGCCACCCUGGGGCCUGCCCAACCGACCAGAUACAUCUAUGAGGACUGCGGAAAAGGAUUCAUCACCAGGAACGGGUUAACAAGACAACUAAACGGACAACUAAAAACUUUUCCAUAGAGGUCUCCCUCUCUCGCUGAUGAUAGGCAUGCGGUAUGGAAAGUACCUAUGCAAGAAGUACAACAAACCUUUCAUCCCGAUCCAUCACAUGGAAGCUCAUACAUUGACUGCCAGGAUGCAUGACAGCACCGUGACGUUUCCUUUUCUGGUAUUACUCAUCAGUGGGGGUCACUGCCUUCUGGCUGUCGCAGAGAAAGUGGACAGAUUCUUGCUGCUCGGUGAGAGUUUGGACGACGCCCCUGGAGAAGCUUUUGAUAAGAUGGCCAGAAGAAUGAAACUGAAAAAUUUGCCAGACUAUUCUACCCUGUCGGGUGGACAAGCUUUCGAAUUAGCCGCACAGAAAGCAGACAAUCCUUUGCAAUACAGUUUUACCACACCUUUGUUGCAAUAUAAGAAUUGCAACUUCAGCUUUGCUGGGCUCAAAAAUCAACUGCAGAGGCAACUGAUACGAGAAGAAAGGGAAAAAGAUAUUCCUGCAGAUGGUGUGAUUCCUGGCAUCCACAACCUUUGUGCAGGGUUUCAACUAGCCAUUACUAGGCAUUUGUGUCACAGACUACAAAGAGGCAUGGAUUAUGUAGAGAGAAAAAAUAUGAUUCAGUCUGAUAACAGAAUUUUGGUUGUAUCCGGAGGUGUAGCAUGUAACAACUUUAUAGCCGAAGGGCUCAGAAUGGUGUGUGAUGAACUAGGCUAUAGAAUGGUCAGACCACCUCCCAAAUUAUGUACAGACAAUGGUGUGAUGAUUGCCUGGAAUGGCGUAGAAAAUGGAGAGAAAACAUAGACAUACAUACAAAUUUUGACCAUAUCAACAUAGAAAAGACUGCACCCUUAGGGACAAGUAUAAUUGAAGAUGUUGAACGAGAGAGGAUCAGUUGCAGAUGGGUGAAACUGAAGAAACUUACACUUCCGCAAAGUAGUUGGUCGGAAAUCGAAAAUGUUAAUAUUGCCAGGAAAGCAGAUUACUCGUGAAUAGUUAAGACCUCACAUGGGAAUCUGAUAUACAGAGCGUUUCGAAAAGGUUCCCUCCAACUUAUUUCUUGGGCAAGUCAACAAGUGCUGGAGCGGAGCUGCGGCACGAAUUCUAUUAGUGGGAUGCCGUGAUAUGUAAAACAAGAUUAUCUAGGAAACAUUUUUAAAAUCCAAAGAUCCAUAAGUCAAACUUGAAAAUCUGUAAUGAAUACAAAUAUUAUUGCUAAAUACAGCUUCUCCAAGUUGUGUGUUAUACGUCUGUCGUAUUUAUUUCCAGUCAAAUGAAGCGUGCCGACACAGGCUUAAAAGCUUAUAAAUUGGAAAGAUCCUUGCUACGAGCCGACACGUCCAAUGACAAUGAAAUUUGUAUCUUUAUAUUUUUAAUUUUCAUAAGACUCAUUAAAAAGUAUUGGAAUAUAGUCAGUAUGUUAAAUGGUGAGGUAUAUAUUAAAAAUAAACAUACAAUUAAUAUUAAAUAAAUAAAUAUAACAGGUCACACACAUACAUUAAGUAGUAUAUACCAUAAAUUUAACAGACGAUCCUUUGAGUAAUUUUAAGAUAAAAAUUUCAUAUAAACAUAGGUCCGUAAAUUCUUAGUUGUCAAGAUGUCAAUUAAAAAAAAAAUGCUGUUUCGUAAACUUCUUACCUAAUUUUGUUGUAAUUUGGCGGUCGUAUUCAUAACAUUAAGGAGACAAUUUAGCUUUAACUUGAUUAAAUUUUAAGUCCAGUGGCGUCUCGAGCGGGAGCUGAACGGAUAUUUGUGACAAAAAAAACACACCACUGACGUUUGUGCAAUUUUUAUUAUAUUCUUUGGAUUAAACAAAUAGAAAUACAA